CUCGAGAAGCGUCAGUUGUAUCACACUGUUGUAUAACUGUUCCAUACUUCUAAACGAAUCAUAAUGUCCAUGGAACCCAGUGGUAUCAAGGUCGUCGACGCCGAGCCUCAAUCUAAUCCUAGCGCAUCUGCCAAUAACUCGGGAUUGAAUCCUAAUGUUCUUCUGAACAACACCCUUGAUGGUCUCGCUAACUUCAGCUCCAAGAUUAAUCCUUUUGCCCAGAAGUUAGGAAAAGGUAUCGGUCAAGUCAGACAGUUUGCUCAAGAGAAGUUUGGAACUGCAGAGGGAGUCACUGAACUUCCCCAAGAGUAUAAGGAUUUGGAGAAGAAAGUGGAUAACUUACGCGCUGUCCACAAUAACCUUCUUAAAGUUACUCGAGUGUAUAACACCCACAGCUAUGAUUACCCAGCACAAAUUCAAGAAUCACUUGCUGAGAUCUCUAGCUCUGUUCAAAACCAGUUCCAGAAUUUGACUCUCUCUCCUGCUCAAAGAGCUCAGCUUGAAAGCCAGCCUGCUCAAGUCCAACAACCUCCUCCACAACCCAAGACUUUGAGCCACGCUCUUUCCCGUGCUUCUGUUGCGAGUGCAGAAUAUAUCGGAGCUGAGGAGCCUCUUGGCGCCGCCUUGUUCAAAUAUGCUGCUAUUUCCGAGAAAGUUGGUGAUGCUCGCGUCAAGAUGGAUGAUGAAAUUGCUGCCAAGUUCAACCAGCCUUUCCAAGCUACCAUCAAGACGUCCAUUGAACACGCUUUGCGUGCUCGCCGUGCCGUGCAAUCCGCAAGACUUACCUUGGACGCCUGCAAGGCUCGCGAACGAAGUGCUCGCCCUGAUAAGGCCGAUGUUGCUAGACUUGAAGUUGAGCAAGCCGAAGAUCAAUUUGUUGCCGCAGUUGAGGAGGCUACCAACCUUAUGAAGAUUGCACUUGAAAACCCCGAGCCAUUGCGCAACUUGGCUGACUUGGUGGCUGCACAAGUCGCAUUUUACAAGGAAGCACAUGAGCUUCUUGCAGAACUUGCUCCGGAGAUUGACGAGAUGCAGGUCACUCAGGAAUCACUCUACAGAAACAGCAGGAACGAGUAAAGUGGUGGUCAAUGACAUGACAGAUCCAAUCCAAGAUAAAGUCCUAAAAUGAAAUCCGUUUUUAAAGUAAUGUAAAGUGGCUACUUUAUUUUUGAAUAGCUUCCCAUUACAUUAUGCUAUUUUAUCCGUCACGCACAUUCUCUUCCUAUGUUCCAUGUAAUUUCAUGUCUGGUAAUAUAAAUACUUGAGUAUAUAUUUACA